UUGAGAGUGAAAACCAGGAGACCCUGCCGCCCUCGAGGACUGGAGUCUGACACCUCCGGACUAGAGGGUGUGUCUUCAGCUUUUAACCAAUCCUCUGCCGCUUUCCAGUCUGCAGUCCCGCCCCCCAGCUUCUCCGUCUCCAAUCAGAACACACUACAGUUCAGUAACCCCAGUGGCGCCCUGGUCACGUCGUCGUCCUUUGUGACGUCAUCGCUGUCGGAUCCCCGCCUCCUGUCUCCACAGCAACCAGCCCUGCAGCGGAACACAGUGUCCCCGGGGCUCCCCCAGAGGCCAGCCAGCGCAGGUGCGCUUUUAGGUGGCGAUCUGAACAAUUCAAACGGACAGUGUCCAAGCCCAGUAGGAAACGGGUACAUGAGCGCUCGGGCCUCUCCGGGUCUUCUCUCAGUAUCCAACGGCAACAGCUUGGGGAAAGUAGUGCCGGCGAAGUCUCCGCCCCCUCCCGGUGUUCAGAUGGGCAUCAGCACUCGCAAACCAGACCUCAGGGUGAUCACCUCUCAGAAUAAAGGCCUCCUGCAGCUGACAGAGGAGGAUCUGGAAAUGAAUGCUCAGCGGCUUGGAAUCUCUCAGGUCGCUCAGCCCUUGACCACGCCCAUGGUUUCCGUGGCAACACCCAGUCUCCUGACGCAGGGCCUACCCUUUUCUGCCACGCCCACAGCGUACACAGAUUACCAGCUGACGAGUGCUGACAUAUCCGCCCUCCAGGCUUUCACCUCACCGGGCGGUCUGUCGCUAGGCAACCUGCCCAUAUGGCAACAGCAGCAGCAGCAGCAGCAGCAGCAGCAGCUCAGCCUGGCGUCGCUUAGCAACCUGGUUAUGACAUCACAGUCAGACGUACUCUUUGCCAGGGAACACUGUUGCUACUGGCCAAGCGGACACUUAACGCAGAGCAACACCCUGUCUGUCAACACCAACCCCAACAUCAGCAUCAAAUCCGAGCCAGCGUCCCCCAACCGGGACCGCAGCACCCCGUGCUCCUCCGCAUCCGGGACCCCUUACCCAGGCUCCGUGCGCCUGGAGCCCACCGGCCACUCCCCGGUCAACAGCCUGAGCAGCAACGGCAGCUCCUACGAGGGCAGCGACCGCGACGAUCACACCCAGCAGCAGCAGCAGCAGCGCCGGCAGCAGCAGCAGCAGCAGCAGCAGCAGCAAGACUUCGGCUCGAGUCUUGGGCUUCUGAGGCCAGCUGGGGAUCCAGAGCAGGACAGCGGAAGCGUCAAGCGGAUGAGGAUGGAUACCUGGGUGACAUAACCACCCAGCCGUGGAGAGAGAGGGAGAGGGGAGGAGGCAGGAGAGGCUGG